GAAUUAUCACGGCGAGUGUUCGAGAAGAAACCUUGUUGCUCUCUCUCUUGCCAUUGAUACCUUAUUUGGAUACGAUAUUUGCCGUAGUGUGACGCUAACGGCAUUGUAAAAUACCAUCGUUUCGCCUAUUCCUUCAUAAUGGGGCCCGCUCAAUUUUUUGAGCGCUCAAUUUUUUGAGCUUUUCCCCCUUGUGCGUGGGACUGAUGUGGGGUUUCAGUCAUGGGUGUCACGAUGACCGACAACAGUUUGGAUGCCACGCGGCGACUGGCAGCCAAGAAGCAGACUCUCGACGACGCGUAUGCAGCGCCAGCCAACUUCCUGGAGAUUGAUGUCGUAAAUCCAAUCACCCACGGACUUGGCACCAAGCGGUACACCGACUACGAAGUUCGGAUGAGGACGAAUCUCCCCGUGUUUAAAGUGAAGGAGUCGAGCGUACGCCGGAGGUAUAGCGAGUUUGAGUGGCUGAGGAGCGAACUGGAGCGGGACAGCAAGAUCGUGGUGCCGACGCUGCCGGGAAAGGCGCUGAAGCGGCAGCUGCCGUUCCGCUCCGAUGACGGCAUCUACGAGGAGGGUUUCAUCGAGGAGCGCCGCACUGCCCUCGAGGUGUUCAUCAACAAGGUGGCCGGCCACCCGCUGGCCCAGAACGAGCGCUGCCUGCACAUGUUCCUGCAGGAGCCGGUCAUCGACAAAAACUACGUCCCCGGCAAGAUCCGCAACAUGUAGUGGGCAGCAGGCCCAGCGUCGAGCGCAGAGCUCUGGACCGGGGUCCCUUCGGGCCAGAGCCAGUCACCACGGGACGGCGCUGCUGCCAGCGGAGGAGCAGCUGCCGUCUGCGGGCAAAGGGGCGAGCAGCUGCCGUCACUGGGCAGGGGGACGGAGCGGUGUCGCCGGGCAGAGGCGGACUGCCGCUGAUCUGAGGGUCUGAGGACAGGCUCGGGUGGUGUCCCUGCCGCCCCUACCGCCAUAUGUGGCGCCGCGCCCCGUACACGAGGUGUGAGAGCCGGCGGCGCCGUGCCCCGCACGCAGGGUGCGCCGGCGCCGCGCCCUGUUCGCUGUCCCGCACGCUGACGGCGCGGCAGUCCUCCCAACCGUGUCCAACGGUGAGUCGGCCCGAGACGCGGCGCCCCGCCCCGCCGGCCCAUCUCGCAGGGCGUGAUACCGUAUUCCGCAGUGUGUAACCCUCAGUCGUAUCCGUCACUACGUAAUCCUUCUCUCGUGCGUAUGCAGCCGGUUUACAUUCGUUAUUCGCUUGGCUUGGUUGUAAGUGCCGGGUGUGGCGGCGCGCCGGUCAGCGCGGGCUCUCACCCUCGCCACCGCUCGCCGGGUUCGGCGUCAGAUGACCCGCUGGCUUGGUGGAAUGCUCUAUUUAUGUAAGGAAUUAUGCUAAGCAGUUGUUAUGGUUGCAUGCGAAUACACUAUGUGAUAAGUACUUGUACGUAACAUUUGGUCAGGCUUGGUCACUGCUGAACGCCAUAAAUCAUUUUGAAA